CUCUCUCUCUCUUUCUCUCUUAUCUAUUUCCACAGUACACAGCUCUUAUCAUUUCUCGAGUGUCUGACAGUAAACUAUACAGACUGGGAGCAUGCACACCAAAGAAAAUUCAUGCUGCUGCUCGUUUGAUGACUGUAAGCUGACUACAGAAUGGCUCUUGAGCCGAACGAGACACAGGCCCAAGAUAGCUGUGGUGUGUGGAUCUGGACUCGGUCUCCUUGCCGACAGCGUGUCUAACAAACAGGUUUUCCGGUAUGAAGACAUUCCAAAUUUCCCUGUGAGCACAGUCCCUGGUCAUGAGGGGUGCCUUGUGUUUGGUCAUGUGAAAGAUAAAUCCUGUGUCUUCAUGCAGGGAAGAUUCCACCUUUAUGAGGGGUACUCCUUGUGCAAGGUCACGUUCCCUGUGCGGAUUUUCAAGCUGAUGGGAGUGGAGACCAUUAUGGUAACAAAUGCCUCAGGAGGCCUGUGUCAGGACUUCAAAGUGGGAGACAUUAUGAUCAUUAAGGAUCACAUUAACUUGCCUGGCUUUGCUGGACAGCACCCGCUGUGUGGGCCGAAUGAUGAACGAUUUGGAAUCCGGUUCCCCUGCAUGUCUGAUGCCUACAGUAAGGAACUGAGAAAACUGGCGCUGGACAUCAGUGCUGAGCUAGGCUACUCCAACUUUGUGCGUGAAGGUGUUUACUGCAUGGUCAGUGGGCCAAACUUUGAGACAGUCGCUGAGGCUCGUAUGUUGCACAUUCUGGGAAGUGAUUCAGUAGGCAUGAGCACAGUCCCCGAGGUGACGGUGGCCAAACACUGUGGCCUCCGUGUCUUUGGGCUCUCACUCAUCACCAACAAGGUGUCCCUGGACUACAGCCGUGAGGAGAAGGUCAACCAUGAGGAGGUGCUUCAGAUCAGCAAGAUGAGGGCGGAGAUGCUGCAGAAGGUGCUCCAAACCCUCAUCGCUCGUUCCAACCAGCUUGAAUCUAUCAAUACCAACUGACACCAGAGACGGCUGUAUCACAGUCACUGACAGUAGCCAUGGCAGGUGUGCUUAGCAUGUUUGUCUAUCAUCUAGUCCAUUUAUCUAAUUUAAAAAAAAAAAAAAAACAAAACCAAAAAAAAUGUUCAUAUUGAAUUUUGUAAAUUUAUAUUAAGUAAUAACUUCCCCAUUAAACUUUCAAGUUCAAGUUCAAUGUAA